AUGUCAUAUCAAUUCCCACCAUCAUCACCAAUAGUCGGUGAUUUUAAUAAAGACAAAGAGCUUCAUUUUAAAGGGACUUCCAUCCCAAAGAAAUUGGAAUUUGAAAAUACGAACUAUAAUGCUAAAAAUACAAUCAUAAACCAAAAUAAUAGUGGUGUCCACUAUCCAACACCUUUGCCCUCUUCAAGUAUAGGUAAUUUGUCUUCUUCCCCAAUUAAAAAUACAGUACCUAUUCAGACUUCUUCUCCUUCCUCUUCUUUCCUUUCUCCAGUGAAGAGGGGCAAUGGCGCUAAUAUUACAUCUUCAUUUAUCUUAGAAGAAUCUCCUAUUAACAAUAAAUUAGUGAUACCUAUUCAAUUACAUCCUAAUGAGCCCGCUACUUACAAAAUUGGUCGUCAGUCAAGCAGUUGCGAUGUCGUUCUACCUAAAUUUAAAUUGAUCUCAAGAAAACAUGCAAUUUUGUCAUAUUUUCCUGGAAAGAAUCAAUUGAAGUUGACAUGUCUGGGCUUAAAUGGGUUGAUUGUCGCUUUGCCACGUCAUAUUUCAUGCCAUCUAAUGAGGCGUCGUGACAACCAAUUCGAGUUCUCUUCUAAUGAUAAUCUUGAUAUUGUUGAUAAGGAAAAACAAUUAUUGAAAGAACAAAAUUUGACCUCCUUUGCAUUAAGGAAAGGUGAUACUGUUAUAUUGCCCUUUAUGAAUAACACAAUUAUCGACUUUCGUAAUGUGGAAGUACUUUUGACUAUGAAGCAACUAUCGUUUCGUGAUCAUGUUUUACAUGAAAGAGAAAUUUCAAAAAAUCAGAUAGAUUCAGAAGUUUUGAAACCAUUGAUACAAACAAAUAUUGUCUCAGAUACAAUAUCUCCGACUCCAAUCAAACCAUUAAAACGUUUCUCUCCAUUCCUGGAAUCCUCUCAUCAAGAUAAAAAGAGUAAAAAUCAUGUGAGAAGAUUGACAAAGUUUGCAGAGCCCAAGAGAUCCACUGAAGAAAUUAUUGAUUCUUUGACAAAACGUGGCAUAGAUUGUCAAGAUUUACAACACAUCUUAGCCAACUACUUGGCCUUUGCAAAUGUACAACAGACACCUUUGUCUUUGUUAAGAGAUGCUAAUUCACAGAUAAAAGCCUUGAAGAAGGAGGAAGUACGUGCAUUAUUAGCAAAUGAACCUUGUAUUGGUGUCAUAUAUCGUAAGGGGAAAGAUGCAGCAGGUAAACCUUUAGAAGAAGAAUACUACUAUGACUUAGAGAAUGAUCCAAACCAAGUUAGAAAAUUUAAUGUUCUAUCUAUUAAAGGUGGUAGAACAGGUUUAAGAUCUUGCAGGAAAACGCAUAAGCAAUAUUUUUGGAAAAAACCAGCUAAAUAG